AUGGAAUAUAAGAUACAGAAAGACCAAGAGCUUCUAACCCUAAUAGACAACAUCGAAAAGAGCUAUGACCCUUCUUCCCAGAGCUAUAAGUUCAAGUAUGUGUUUUACAAUAAGGUUGAUGGACCGUUUGUACGCCCCUUGGAUUUUCCGGAGACCUUAUGGAAUAUUUCUUUGACAAGCGACCCAACAAUGAUGCCUGUGCUUUUGAAGGGAGACGAGAUUGAGCACAGGAAGUCCUUGCAAAUGGAUGCGUGUAAAAGAAUUAACGAUUCAUAUGAUUUCCUGCGAAAGAAGAUAGGUGGGUUGAGAAUGAGGUCUGAGAAGCUCAAGUCAAAAAUAGAUGGAUGCCUUCAAAUAUACAGAAAGAUCUUUGGAGGUGUCUAUAAUCGAUUCAAGAAGGAAGAAGGAAAGUGUACUCUGCUAGACCGCGUAUACAGAGCAUAUCUCCCACUGGGAAAAAGAGAGAAACUUUGUGUUACACAGAACAAGAAUGAAGUGAUUGAUCUUUUGGAAGAUCUAAGAGGAAUGGGAGAGAAAAUCCUAAAGGAGGUGGACGAUGCACUGCAAGAGCGCCAGAAGCAGACUGUGAUACUGAACGAAUUGGACAAGGUCCAGGAGCCCUUUUCUAGGGGCACUUGGUGA